AAAAACUUAAGUUUAAUACAUCCAAGUUAUGCGCUAUAGAUUACUAACUGCUUAUUAGAUAAACUCGUUGAUACAUAAUUGCUAAUAUUAUAAGCGAGUAAUAGAUCAAUUGAGAAAAUUACCACUUCCAUAUUAGAUAUAUAGGAGAGUAGACGUAAAAUUAUUUUAUAUAGGUAUAUCCGGACUAAGCCUUAAAUUGACCUGUCAAGAAAAAUUAGUGAUACGAUUUAACAUGUUUAAAAUCAUUGGAACAUCAUAGAGAUAGAAAUAGAAGAUUGGUUGUAAUUAAAAAAAACACACAGACGAAUUGAGUACCUCCUUCUUUUGGAAAGUCGGUCAAAAAAAUUCAGAACUAUGAAGGAUAAUUUCGAGACUUCCAAAACCCAUUUUAAUUUUUUGGUAAUUCUUGGAUUUUACAAAGUUAUGUCGCCGACAUCAAAAAUGCAGGAAUCUUUACAUCUUUUCUAUCGGAUAUUUGUGACUGUCUACUAUUGUACAUUUUUUACACAACAUCUCAUAUGGCUGUAUCAAAUCCAGGACAACGUCUCAGAAUUAGUCGAUACCUUAUACGUGUUGUUAACACUUUUGAACUCGCUCGGCAAACUGAUGAUUUUCAAUGUACGAAGGACUCGCAUAAAACAUAUUGUUGAAAUUAUAAAAGGACCAGUAUUUGCACCAAAUAGUAAACGGCACGAGGAGCUCAUAAUGCGCAAUGCUGCGCAGAUGAAGCGAUUGUUCCGAGCAUACCAGGGCUUUGGGAUCGUUUGCUCCGCCAUGUGGAUGAUGUAUCCACUAAUGACUCGAUUCUUAGGUGAAGAAGUUCGCUUUCCCAUGUAUUGGCCAUUCAGCACCGAUAAACUUCCAACGUUUUUAUUUGUGGUCGCAUACAAUACGAUCAUGGUGCAUUGGAUAUCAAUAUCUAUGGUAGCUAUGGACUGCAUCACAGUUGGCUUCUACAUGCAAGCGCAACUACAGUUGCAAAUGUUAAGAUACAAUUUCAUGCAUCUAGCGGAUACAGAAGAUGAAACCAACGAUGAAGAUGAUGAUAAAUUUGAAGUAAAAAUAUACAGAGAUGUAGAGAGUUCACAAUUUGAAAAUUUGUUCCGCAAACGAUUGAUCAUGUGCAUUAAACGCCAACAACUUAUUGUAUGGUUGGUCGAUGAAGUUGAAUCUGUGUUUGGAUCUUCAAUGGUUCUGCAAUUCUUAGUCAUAGGCUGGAUCAUCAGUAUGACUGUUUACAAGAUAAUUGGCUUGAAUGUGAUGUCAGCAGAGUUUGUGACAAUGAUUGCAUAUUUAGGCUGCGUGUUAUUACAAUUAUUUCUCUUUUGCUAUUACGGAACGCAACUUAAAGUUGAGAGUGAGUUCGUGAACCAAUCAAUCUACGAAUCAGAUUGGACGGCGUUGUCGCCGCGGCUGCGUCGGCCGCUGCUCAUCAUGAUGGAGCGCUGCUACCAGCCCGUGGCACCCUGCAUUGCAUACGUCGUGCCUAUGUCUCUUGAUACUUUUAUAUCUAUUGUGAAAUCUGCAUAUUCUCUGUACACAUUUCUGGACCAGAGUUAAAUUUCAAAUUGUUGUCA